GAAAAGAAAGUGCCAUCUGUCGAGGAUGUCGACAGCACAAAAGCCAUUUUGACCCUGUUGCUUUACAUCGCUCAUCCUUCAUUACAAUUCCUCUCUCUCUCUCGGUCUCUCCUGUGGUUCUUUGAUCUACAAUUACGAGCUAUUAUUCUGAAACAGAGGUGUUAAGUUGAUUGAAGAGUGUGUAUAAGGGAAAUUUUUGUUGUAUUUAUUAUAGAGAAUGGCGUGUAGGGGAUUCUGGGAGUGCCUGUUGAAGCUUUUGAAUUUCUUGCUAAUUCUUGUGGGUUUGGCGAUGAUUGGGUAUGGUGUAUACCUCUUUGUGGGGUAUAAGAAUGCUGCUUCAACUGAUGAUGAUGUCCCAAUUUCCCCAACAAGUGAGCAGUUUGUACAGCUUGGUCGGCCUAUGCUAUUAGGAGUGUCUUUGGCUGAUAACAUUUUUGACAAACUCCCCAAGGCAUGGUUUAUUUAUCUUUUCACCGGAAUUGGUGCAGUUAUUCUCUUCAUUGCUUGUUGUGGUUGCAUUGGAACAGCUACACGGAAUGGCUGCUGCCUCACUUGUUAUUCAGUACUGGUGAUCCUGUUGAUUUUGGUAGAGCUGGGAUUGGCUGCUUUUAUCUUUUUCGACAAAAGCUGGAAAGAGGAAAUUCCAAAUGACAAAACUGGAAAUUUUGAUAUGAUGUAUGAAUUUCUGGAGAAACACUGGAAAAUUAUCAAAUGGGUUGCUCUUGGAGCUGUCAUACUAGAGGCCGUUAUAUUUUUGUUGGCACUUAUCGUAAGGGCUGCAAAUCGACCAGCAGACUAUGAUAGUGAUGAAGAAUAUAUAGGUGGUCCCAGGCAACAGAUCCGGCAGCCUUUGAUAAAUAGACAACCUGUUCCAGCCACGGGUGUUCCUGUUGCUGGCACCCUCGAUCAGCGUCCAAGUAGGAAUGAUGCUUGGAGUACACGUAUGAGGGAAAAGUACGGGCUGGACACGUCGGAAUUUACAUACAACCCUAAUGAGUCAAACAGGUACCCGCAAGCUGCUACACAACCACAGGAGGAAAGAAGUCGCUGCAUUAUAAUGUGAUUGUCUCUUUGGUUUUGCACAAACUGAAAUUGUACUUCUGAAUCUGCUUGUAAUUGACUGGUCUGAGGUCUUUGUAUCUUGAAAGAGUAUUUAAUUGUGUAUUUUCUGGUCAAAAUCCCCCGUCAGUAUUGCCUCUUGAUCUGUCGUAUCUAAAUUGAAGUAGAGAGAUUUUCUCUUUCGUGUGAUUGUUUCUUUAUGCUGUUGCCAGUUAUUUUGUUGUUGGCAUACU